AGUUUUAGAUGCAGAUAAAACUUCAAUCUACUGGAAAUCGGACGUCAAGAAUCUCUCAGCAUCUUAAGUGUAAAACUACGCAUAUGAAGAACUAGAAUAUAAAAGUUAAAAAAGUUAAAAUAUUUUAGUUUCAAAAUGUUUUUUGUGAGACUAAUAUUACUCACUAUUUUGCACGUGAGCUUUAACAAACAAGUCCAAGUCACGGCAUUCGGUCACAACUUAGAUGAACUUGUAUCGAAGGCUAAUAUCUACUACCAACAAGCUGCGGCGUCUGGUGGAAACGGUGAGCUCCUACUCAGUGAAGUGGCAGAGCUGCCAUCGAAAGAUGACAUUAAACUCAUUAUACAUGGAUUUACAAGUAGUCGAUUUCAUUUCUCCAUUACGCCGCUCAGAAACGCUUAUCUCGCUAAAGGUAAGGAUAAUGUCCUGCUUGCUGACUGGUCAGAUGCUGCAGCUCUGGAUUAUCCUACCGCGCGUAAAGCCAUUGGACAAGUGGCGAGGCAUUUUGGCAAACAAUUGAAAGAUUUUCUUGACAAGCACGAGAUCGCCACCGCUGACGUUCACAUCAUUGGCCAUAGUUUGGGCGCGCACAUCGCUGGCAAUAUUGGUGACUUCUUCAAUGGCAGCCUUGGCCGUGUGACCGGUUUGGAUCCAGCUUUACCACUCUUUACUACACUCUCCACAGACAGCUUACAUGCCACCGCGGCACAGUUCGUCGAUGUCAUACAUACUGACUUUCCGGUAUUUGGUGACGGAACUCCGCGUGGUGAUAUCGACUUCUAUCCGAAUUUCGGCACCGCACCACAACCCGGCUGCGCUGACAUGGAUGUGCUCUUGAUCGCCAAGCAAUUGUUGUUUGAACAGUAUAGCUGUAGCCAUAAUCGCGCCGUAUUCCUCUACGCUGAAUCUAUUGGGCAACCGAAGAGUUUUCCCGCGAUCUCCUGUACUUUGAAUGGCAUAAAAAUGUUGAAUACGAACAACUGUCGCAAGAAAGUGAAAACUGCUGCCUUGAAAGGAGAAAUGGAUGACAGUGAGGUGGUUUUUAUGGGCGAAGAGGUAUCGAGAAGUGCUUCCGGUUUCUAUUAUCUGCCAACGAAUGAUGCACCACCCUAUGGUAUGGGUGUAAAUACAAAAUUCUAACUGCAGAUGUCGCAAGCGUAUGUGGAGUGUGUCUCUGCUAUAUUGUAUAACUAAGUAUCUAACUAAAAUCGGCAUUCUACAGAAUGAUUCACAUAAUUGUUAUUUUAAAAGGCGGAAAUACAAUUCUUAAGAGUUUUAAUUGAA